AUGGAUUUUCGUAACUUGAGCCGUUUAAACGUUCUCAUGAAUAUAAUAUCGGGAAACUUUUUGCCGAUGACAAGUAGGAAAAGGAAAUUACCGAUUGUACACAAAAUCUACUUUACCUUCACUUGGCUAAUGGAACUCGUAUACCUGGCCACUUUUAUUUUCGGUGUUCUCUCUGUUCCGAUAGAAAAGGCACUAAGGGAUGGUACCGUGAACGCAGUGAUCGCGUUGGAAAUAAUCACGGUGAGAAUUUACAUGCACUGCCGUCAGGAUUUAAUACGCAGAUUAAUUGGACAGUUGAACCGGCUCAUCGAAGGCAAUGAAAUUCUUCAAGGCAUCACGGCUAGCACAAUGAAGCCGAUAGAGGGGCCAUUAACAGUUUACACAGUUGGUAAUAUUGCUACAACCACUGUUUGGACGUUGUUGCCGUUUCUCGAGAUUUUUCAAAAGAACGAGUUCUAUUAUUCGGAUUAUCAGAUACCCGGCGUUAUAUCCAAACAGCCAUUUUCAAUCAACAUUUUUAUUGCCGGUGUUAUCCUGCAGAGUAUCGGCGGCGCGAUCCAAAAUGUCAGAAAGAUGAGCUUGGAUCUCUAUACGAUGCAUUUCAUUAUUUUAAUGACGGCUCAAUACAAAUACCUUAGAGUCAAAUUUGCAACGAUAUUCGAGGAGGAAUGCGGAACAUUGAAGCGUCUGUAUCAUGAUAUUAGAGAGAACGUCUCGUCUGCAACGAUCAAACAGGAAAUGAGAUUGUUAAUCCGCCAUUACGGAACCGUGGUUGCGAUGGCCGCUAUGUCGAGGAAAUUGCUCUCCCCAAAUAUCGUAAUUCUUUAUCUAAACAACGUUUUCCGGUUCUGCUUUCUAAGUUUAAUGUUCGUAAUGAGUGGCCAUUUUGAGAGAUGCUUGAUUGUAAUAUACUCGCUUGGUGCAUUGACACAAUUUUAUAUAUUGUGCUACUCUAUCCAAGAAUUGAUCGAAGCGAGCAAAAAUAUAGCGGACGAUGUAAUAUACAAAAAUUGGUAUUACCACGACAUACCACUGCAACAUGCAAUUGUUAUGAUGAUUUUGACUAAUAAGCUAGAGUGCAAAUUAUCUAAUGUUCAAAAUAUUAAUUUAACAUUAUCGUCUUUCAUCUCGUUCAUAAAUGUUGAAAGAGAAUUUAUUAACGUAACAAUGGAGGACAUAUGGAGUGGAUGUCCAUAUAAGAAGGGAAUUUUCAAUAAUUCAAAAUUAUUAAUUAUCACUAAAAUCACUAAAAUUACUAAAAUUAAAUCGCAUUAAAAAAAUUUGUACUAAAAAAAAAAGGGAAUAUUGCAACCUUAACUUACCUUUCGUUUUAAAAGGUCUGGAAGAUUCGGAAUACCCUCGGGAGCCAUUUGCGUUAAUGGCUGCUACACGAAAUUGA